CGCGCGCCGGGGCCCGCCUGAGGCUAGGCCGCGCGGGGGGCCCCGCCGUGAGCGCCGCGGCCCUUCCGCGUGGGGGGGACGCGGCCGUGCUCAGCCCGGGGCUGCGGGGAGGCUUGAUGUGCUCGAGAGCCCGCCGGGAUCAAAAAGAAAAAGCAGCGGCUAAUGCAGAACAUUCAAGUGUAGAGUCUGGACCAACCCGCUGCUCUCCUCCCCUACUGAGACCCGCACCUGCAAAAUGCAGCCUCCCUUGACUUGGUGUUCUGAAGUGUUACCGGCUGGUUUCAGCUGAGAAAUGGGGCUAAUGCGGAGAUACCGACUAAGCAGCUUUGUUAAAUAGUCCAGGCUUUUUAUUUCUUUCAGUGCUGAGAGAGGAGAGGUUUGACCCGGCGGGCCCUGCAGGUUUCGGUAGGGCGGUAAAAAGCACCGAAAUUUAUCCCGACUAAAAAGCGUGACUUUUUUUUUUUUUAAUACCUUCGUUGUCUGUUGAACCCUGGGCUGUUCUGGGAGCCGGGUGUUUGACAUUGGUAGCAUGUGAGAGGGGCUUUCCUCUGCGGCAGGUGGAGCUGGCUUGUGUAGAUGCCUUCGCUUCGUCGGGGUUGGACUAGAAACGAGAGUUACAGCAUCAGCGAGCGGCGGGCUAGCGAGACGUAGGACAUCUCGUCAAGCGGCUCGGUUUGCGAUCCUUUUCUCUUCCCUGGACCAGCGUGUCUCAACCCGUGGGUCACGAGAACAUAUGAGAGGAUCGCAAACACGUUUUAAAAAUGGGUUCUCAAUUUAAAGGACAAAAACACAGGAAACUAGGGGUUUCCCUAGAGUCCCCCCUGCCCCAGACCUGCCCCCUGCCCCACACACUGGGGCUGAGGCUUGGGGGCGAAGGGCGCUAGGUCAGGACUGGCCAUCGACAUUUACACAUGGGUCCUGGUACAAAAAAAAAGGUUAGCAACUGCUGCUCUGGGCACCUAAACCUCCUUAAAAACAUGCUAUGACCUUUUUAUUUCAUUUUCUUCCCUUUGGUGCAGGUCGUAGCCUGCACAUCUACCAUUUUCCUCUAACCCAAAAGCUUUCAGGGAGCUGAGCUGAUUGGAUUAUCAAGAUUUCAGAUAUCCAGACUGAGGUGCUGUGCACAGUAUUGGAAUUGAAGAGUUAUGGAACAAUACACAGCAAACAGCAACAGUUCUACAGAACAAAUUGUUGUGCAAGCUGGACAGAUUCAGCAGCAGCAGCAGGGUGGUGUUACUGCUGUCCAGUUGCAGACAGAGGCCCAAGUGGCAUCCGCCUCAGGCCAGCAAGUCCAGACCCUCCAGGUAGUCCAAGGUCAGCCGUUAAUGGUACAAGUAAGCGGAGGUCAGCUGAUCACAUCAACCGGCCAGCCAAUCAUGGUGCAGGCUGUGCCUGGAGGUCAAGGCCAGACAAUCAUGCAAGUCCCGGUUUCUGGAACGCAAGGAUUGCAGCAGAUUCAGUUGGUCCAGCCAGGUCAGAUUCAGAUUCAAGGUGGGCAGGCGGUGCAGGUCCAGGGUCAACAGGGCCAGACCCAGCAAAUCAUUAUUCAGCAGCCACAGACUGCAGUUACUGCUGGCCAGACGCAGACCCAGCAGCAAAUAGCAGUUCAAGGGCAGCAGGUGGCACAGACAGCAGAAGGCCAGACCAUCGUCUAUCAGCCUGUUAAUGCUGAUGGCACCAUUCUUCAACAAGUUACAGUCCCUGUUACAGGCAUGAUCACCAUCCCCGCGGCCAGUUUGGCUGGAGCACAGAUUGUCCAGACGGGAGCCAACACCAACACAACCAGCAGUGGGCAAGGAACUGUAACUGUGACACUACCAGUUGCUGGAAAUGUGGUUAAUUCGGGUGGAAUGGUUAUGAUGGUACCAGGAGCUGGAUCAGUGCCAGCUAUCCAGAGGAUUCCUUUGCCUGGAGCAGAAAUGCUUGAAGAGGAGCCCCUGUAUGUAAAUGCCAAGCAGUACCACCGGAUUCUGAAGAGAAGACAGGCACGAGCUAAGCUGGAAGCUGAAGGGAAAAUCCCCAAAGAAAGAAGGAAAUACUUGCAUGAAUCCCGACAUCGUCAUGCUAUGGCUAGGAAGCGGGGAGAAGGUGGCCGUUUCUUCUCCCCAAAGGAAAAGGAUAGUCCCCAUAUGUCGGAUCCAACUCAAGCAAAUGAAGAAGCAAUGACACAGAUGAUCAGAGUAUCCUAACCACUGGCUGAAGAAAAAAGCAACUGAACAAAUUUCCUGUCCUUUUGCAAGUGUGCUCUUCCCUACCCAUGUAUCAAGCAAAUCUCAAUGGGACAAUCACCAUAUCGUAGCCUACCCUUUUCUACCGAACAAAACCCACUUUUUCAGCAAGUGGUUUGUUUGAGAUUUUAACUGCAGUGGACUCAACAAAUAGAAAUUAAAAGGACUUUCUUUGUAGACCCAUUUACUUUAGUGCAGGGAUUUCAGUCUGACUACCAUGCCUUUUAAAUCUCCUGCACUAAGAUUGGCCAAGGGUUAGAGAGCCACCUACACAGUGAUCAGCAAUAAUCUGGCAUGCAGAAGCAGGGCUAACAAAGACCACUUGGAGCCAUGGCCCUUUUACAGAGGAGUAAAUCCAGCUGGUAGCAACCUGAGCUGACAUGGCUACACCUCAGUGCAUUGUUUCCCAAGUUGAGUCUUUUUUUUUUUAAUUUACAUCUACUUCUCACAGCUUUGGACUUAAUUUGCUGACACCGGUUCACCGUAGUUACACCUGCACUUCUGGAACUGCAUGACAGAACUGAAGGGGGUACUCCAAGCUCCGUCCUGUAAAAUAAGUAAACAGCAAUCUUUUCUGGGAAAAGUUGAACCAUCUUUGUUAAGUUGCUUUCAAUACUGCAAAACCUUUACAAGACUUGAAAUGUUGUAUAUUUGUUUCAAGGAGUAAAAGGAGUGGCUCACUGACAUAGAGAUAAACCAAUUAGGAGAAAUAAUGCGGGUGCUGGUGUUGUUCGAUAUGCAUGUUGAUGGCAGCAGAUGCUUUGGCAGAAAUCCAACUGCGGGCAUGAAAAGAAUUAAAUCCUCUAAGUGACUCUUCUAAUAGAUAUUCAGUGUCUCUCUUAAUUUUUGAAAAUUGCUGAUUCAGUACUUGGUUAUUACAAAAGAAAUGAAAUCUGAAAUCUAAUAGUAGCAGAACUGGCUAUCUCCUGGUGUGACUGUUUUUCACUGGUAUUAAGAAUUCUACAGAGUUAUGUACAAUGCCUGAGUCUGUUCAGUAUGUAAGUUAGCUCUGUUGCCGCUGGAGCAGAGGACAGCUCAACUCGGUGAAUCUUAGUCAGCUGAAGGACUGCUUUAUAAAUGAAGGCAGACCUUGGUGAUCUCUUUCAGGUUUUUUACAAAAUAGCCUCACGUUGUAAAGAUGACACUUAAGGAAUCACCGGUGGUUUUUUGUUUGUUUUUCUGAAAAACGUUCCUUUUUGUGAUCUUUAGCUGAGCUCCUGCUGAAUAUUUGUGGUAAACCAUUAGGUUAAAGUUAAGGGCAUAAUUGUCAAAUGUUGAAUUUGGGCCAUCACUGAAGAUUUCAGGUUUCCCAAUAGAUGUUAGGGUUCAUACAGCUGCCUAAGAGGUGAUAUUUAUUUGCCUGUUUAUGCACUCUUCUCAUUUCCUGGCAUAUGCGAUGGGACCAGCUGUUUGUCUGUAGGGCUCAUGCACUGCUACAGCUGAACAGACUAAAUGAAUAGGGUCGCUAGAAUUAGCUAGACUCUCGAAAAGGUAGCUGGGUCUACUGCUGGAGAAAAGGUGAUGCACAAGUCUGAAAAUAAAAGCAAAGAGAGGGAAAGCUUUUGUAGGUGAUGUAGUGAAGAAAGGGACUAGAAAAGUCAUUUGAAUUUCAGAGGAGUUUAUCUCAAGGUGACGGAACCGUUGCAAUUGCUUGGAGCACAUUUUCUCUAUCGUUCCCUCCAGUGUUUGUUGGGGGGUGGAAGUGGGAGAGCCGUUGAGUUUCAUUCUGCCAAAGGGAAAAAUAGUGAAGGAGAAGGAGAGGGUAGUCAAAACCACCAAAAGGACCUUUUCCUCUGAACAGUAGAGAAGAACCUUAAGCCUGAGAGAACCAAGAAAUGGGAUGGUGAAAAGGGAGAGACGACUGAUUUUUUUAGUUUGCCAGCAGGUUCCAACACCAAGAAAGCUGGUGUUCAGGCCAGCCGCAUAGGGAGGUAUCUGAACUCCAGGCAGUUAAGCUACAAAGAAGGAAUUGCUACUUUUGAGAUUUUUGGCCUUUGGCACAUCAGCUGGAUUCUGUAAUUAUAGAGGAACCUUGUUUCUGUUCAGUCUUGACUAGAGUGUUUUCCUUCUGGUAGUUUAUGACACUUUGUUUUUUGCUCAGCUUUUGUUAAUUAUGUGCUACGUCCAUUGUUCCCAAUGUAAGAGUUGCAAUCCCAAAUGCAGUUGUGGUACUUAUUGGUGGGGUCACAAGCCUCAUGGAAAUUCAUGGAAAGUUCUACAAAACAGGCUUGUGGCAAGAGUGGGUUUGCUUCCUAGACAGAUUGGGAACUGCAUUUGUAAAUACAGGGAGGCAUUGGGGUAUCACCUUUUAAGUCUACGCAAAUAUUCUGUUCCUAAGAUUUGCGUUUCUGCUUAAAAAAAAACUAGUUGUUCUUGCCCCUUUACAUUGUUGGCAUCUUUGGUGCCUUUGUUUGACGCCUUAAGAUAUUUUGGCGGAUUAGAGUAUGGGUGCGUUUUUCUUCAGUUGGCGUCUUUGAAGCCCUUGCUGAGUAUUGCAUCUGGUGUCCCCUAUUUCAGGAAAUGCACAACUCUUCCAGCGAAGGAACGUUUAAAUAUUUGGCUUUGUUUGAAUGAACGGUUACUUGCAUCAUUAUUGUAAAUAUAUUUUUCAGAGCUUUUGUACAUUUUGUCAGUCUGGGGUACUGAUGUGCACAAGGGGAAUACGUCCAUUCUGGAUUGAGGGAACCUCUCAGUAAUGUUUUUACUUUCAGCUGACAGGUCACCUCUAUCCCAGAGAACCUCCUGUGAAAGCUGGGAAAUCGGGGGAAUGAGGUUAUCACUCUGACACUUUUUGUAUCUGGGUAACUACCAACCAGUAUUUAUUGGUUUUCUUUACAAAUUUGUAAACCUCUUCAUAAAACAUCUAAAACUCUUUUCCAGGUAAGUUCUCCCCCCGCCUCCCAAAUGUAGGGUCUGUAGCUUUAGAAUGUGUAUAAAGGCAUAUGAAUAUAAGGAGUUCUUGUGGUUAUUCCCCCCCCGCCCCCCAUGUGGUGUGAAAGGCUUCGAGCCACUAUCAUACCUUUUCAAUUUAGUUUGGGUUUCCUGUAUUUAGCAACAUCAAAUUCUAAAGUUAGAGUUUCAUCUGACAUUAGUACCAAUUUGAGAUCUUUUGGGCACAAAAAAUACAAGUUUACCAAGUACAGUUUUAAAACUGGAGAUGCUGCCAGAUUGCUGGAGACUCCUACCUUGUGUUUGAGCCUAGAUUUGCAGAAAAACUCCAGUUUAGUUUGGGAGUGUACGACAGGGCAGACCAGGAGAACAGAAGUGACAGCAGCUCCGAGGAAAACUAACUCUUGAUGGUGUGACCCGUAAAGCACUGGAGCAAUGAGCCUAUCAAAAGCCAGUUUCAUAUAAGUGUAGAAGGGGGUGUGGGAAAGACCUUUGAGUGAUGCUAAAUGGUUUCAAUGCUUUGCAUGUUUAAAAAAAAAAAAAAAAAGGCAGUUUCUUACUUUGUGAAGGGGCGGGGUGGGGUGGAUCGGGAUUUGUGUAACGUCAAGCAAAGUUUGUACAUAGUUUAAAAGUUUAUAAUUUUUUUUAUAUGAUGCAUUUUUUCAAGUGUAUUUGGUCUUUAAUAGAUGCAAUUGUAAGUACUGUGUACACUAUCCAGCUAAUAAAUUUAUAAACUCUGA